AUGGCACCCACCCAACCCUCCAAUCCACAACCACAACCACCCUUCAUGCUCAUCCACGACCGCGGCCCCAUCUUCACAUCCCGAGCCCGCUACCGCGCCCUCUCAAUGUGUCCAACCUGGGAGAACACCGACGGCACAGCGCGCGCCCUCCUAUCCGUAAACCGACUCAUCCACACCGAAGCCGAAUCCCACCUCUACAGAACUCACACCCUUUUCUUCCGCAACUCCUUCGACCCAGACCUCAUCCCAGCCUUCCUCAACACCCUAAGCCCCACAGCACUCGCCAGCAUCCGCAGCAUCGGCUUCGAAGUCUUCUUCUUCGUGCACAAUGAUGCGGGCGUUCCAAAGCGCCCGCUAAGGCAGUACGAGCAUGCGAGGGAGUUUCUUGCUACCAAGCUGCCUAACUGGAAGAGUGUUCUCUGCUAUCUGGACCCAAGGUUCUAUUACCCGGCUGCGGGCGUCGGGGGCCGCGAACUUGCGGCGAGGGGCGUGCUGGAUCUGGCGAGGCGGUUCGGGGAUCGUGAGUACGGGGUUAAGCUGGAUGUUAGCUUUUAUCCUUGUCCGUUGCCGGAUGGUCAGCGUGCUGUUGGUGUGGGGGUAGGGGAAGAAGCUUGGAGUGGUUCGCUUGGGCGGACCGGGCCGGUGCUGAAGGUGAAGGGUGGAGUGAAGAUGGGCGUGCGUGGCGAGGAGUUGUCGUCAUUGUCGGGACAUGGCAAGAUGAGAGGGGGGGAUGCGGGGAAUUAUCCGAUUGCGUUGGUAGGGUAA